AUAAAUUUUGUAAAUAAAAAUUAAUAGUCACUUUUUUUUUUUUUUUUUCUCUGUUUCUCUCCUUUCUUUCAUUUAUACAAAACUUACAUUAAAAUAAUAAUGAACCAACAUUCGGAAUGGACGACAGAUACUUUUAAAGUAUUUCAAAAAUCCAGCAACAAUAGCAACAGCCGCAACAACAACAACAGCAACCAUAGUAGUAGCCAUACCAGCAACGACUUUAAUCUGGGUGCAAAGUCCUAUAUACCACCAGCGCAUGCCUUUGACCCGUUUGCUGAACCUUCCUCUUUGGGAGACAACAACACCGAUGUAGACGACCUCAGCCAACACUUGAUAUCCAGUCAUUUACUUGACGAUGACGACCAACCGCACACAACAAGCACAACGCUUCAUGUAUGGGACCCACAACAAGAAUGGCAGCCUUGUACGGACAAGGCCGAUAUCUGGUCUCCCGGUGGCGGCAGCGGCAGCGGUGGUGGUGCUAUAGAAGAAAAGAAGGGUACGCCCACCAACACGAGCAGCAGCAGUAACCGUGAGGACGAUGAUGAAGCCUUUGAUCCAACCUUACAGUUUUAUCAUGGGACCUUGUACGAUUCCCACACGAUUCAAGACAUGAACCGAUUAGCGUUGAAUGUGACGAAUCCAUCGUUGGAGGAAACCGAAGCUGAAGGGUUGGAACAGGACAUGUCGACAUUGCAAAUGAUGCAAACGAUUUUUUCCGACUUGAGUGAUGAGGCCCUGCUGGAGACACUAGCUCGUCAUGACUAUGAUGUUGAUCGUGCCAUCGAGUCUCUUUUAACCCAUGCAUCUGUUGUGACAACGACGAUGGAAACGCAGACGGCUAUUCCCAGUGUGAAAAAGAGACAGGUAUGUCGGCAUUUUUUAGCGGGAGAAUGUUAUCGCAAAGAUUGUUGGUUUGUGCAUGAUCUUCAAGAGAAAGUCUGUAAAUUCUGGUUGCAGGGAACUUGUUUUAAAGGUGACUCGUGUGAAUUCUCUCAUCAUAUUGAUGUGCAAGAAGUAGCGAAUAAGAUGAUUCCUCCUGUGAUUCCCUCACCGAAACAACCUCAGUUUACACCUACGGAUUAUCCUCAACUCUCUAGCACUACGAUGGUUAAGAAAGCACCAUCAUCAUCACCAGUACCUUCCGUGAAACCAUGUGAUGAAUUUCCUUCCUUGGCUUUUGCGUCUAAAAUUAAAAAGGCACCUAAUGCAAUCAAGGGAGGUCAUAGUAUUAAUUUUGCCGAAGCGCUUAAGAAGAAGGGUUCAGCCAAGAAAGGACAACAACAACAAGCGGUGAAAAAGGUGGGAGCACGUCGUGGACCAGGUUAUAGUAAUCUUCAGAGAUUGACACAGCCUGUGCAUAUUCCUUGGCUUGACACUGGUAGUACCUUGAACUCUGUGUAUAUGAAGGAGAGAGAACAGGCGAUUGAGUAUGGUAUGCUGAGAAAUCGAUUUUUCAGUAGGGCAACUGAAUACUAUUUGAAAGGGGAUGGAGCGAAAGCACGGUUAUAUUCGAUGGAAGCGAAACGAUAUAAUCGUAUGAUGCAAGAAAUGCAUACGGAAGCGAGUCAACGUAUAUUUGAAUCACGGUCACAACAUGAAGCCUUUGUGGACUUGCAUGGGUUACAUGAGGAUGAAGCGAUUCGCAUGAUUGAACAACGAUUGGGAGAGAUGAAGAGUCAAUAUGGUGGUAUUAUUUAUAUCGUGACAGGGACAGGUCAUCAUUCGGGUGCUAAUGGAUUGAGUAAAAGACAAUCCAAAUUGAAGCCUACCGUUCAAGCCUAUUUGAAAUCAGAACAUUAUCGCUUUGCAGAGACUAGUAUGGUGGGUGAUAACAAAGGUGGGAUAUUUGCCGUCGAUCUCUCUUUAUAAAUAAAUACAAAAAAAAAAAAAAAAAA